UAUAAUUUCAGGCACUUAGUGGAGCUUCUGAAGAGAACGGUGAUUCAUGGGGAGAGUAACUCUGUGCUGAUCAUUGGACCCAGGGGAUCAGGGAAAAGUAUGUUGUUGCACGAUGCUCUGAAGGAGAUCCUGGCAGUAAAAGAGCUAAAGGAGAAUGCCUUAACAGUCCAUCUGAAUGGUUUGCUGCAAACAAACGACAAGGUUGCUUUGAAAGAGAUUACUAGGCAAUUACAUUUGGAGAAUGUGGUUGGGGAUAGAGUAUUUGGCAGCUUUUCAGAAAACCUGUCUUUCCUUCUAGAAGCUUUAAAAACAGGUGACCGCACCAGUAGCUGUCCUGUCCUCUUUAUCCUGGAUGAGUUUGAUCUGUUUGCUCACCAUAAGAACCAGACGUUGCUGUAUAAUCUUUUUGAUAUCGCACAAUCAGCCCAGACUCCAAUCACAGUCAUCGGACUCACUUGUCGGUUGGAUGUCAUGGAGCUUCUGGAAAAAAGGGUCAAAUCUCGCUUCUCCCACAGACAAAUCCAUCUGUUGAACUCAUUCAGCUUCUCUGAAUACCGGGAUAUGUUUAAGGAGCUUCUUUCUCUACCUUCUGGAUUUCCAGAUAUGACCUUUGCUGAGCAAUGGAGUGCAAAUAUUCAGAGUCUCCAUGAAAAUAAGACUGUGGAAGACAUCCUGCAGAAACAGUUCAAUUCUUCAAAGGAUCUGCGAUCGCUGCACAUGCUAUUGCUGCUGGCUGUAUGUAGAGUAUGCGUGUCUCACCCUCAUCUGAAUGCAGUGGACUUUGUAGAGGCCAACAGACUUCGCAGUGUGGACUCAAAAGCCAAUAUUCUGCAUGGGCUGUCUGUUUUGGAGAUGUGUUUAGUAAUCGCUAUGAAGCACUUACAAGAUACCUACCAAGGGGAGCCUUUCAAUUUCCAGAUGGUCCACAAUGAAUUCCAGAAGUUUGUUCAGAGGAAGGCACAUUCCGUGUAUAACUUUGAGAAGGCUGUAGUGCUGAAGGCUUUUGAACAUUUGCACCAGCUGGAACUGAUCAAGCCCAUGGAAGGCCUUUCCGUUCGGACUCAAAAAGAAUAUAGGCUGAUGAAACUACUUCUUGAUAACAGCCAAAUACUGGAAGCUCUUCAGAAGUAUCCCAAUUGUCCAACUGAUGUCCGGCAGUGGGCAGUGUCCUCCCUCAGCUGA